GAACCACGUGAUCAAAACACUGUCAUGGCGGCUGCCGCUGCUGCCCGUGUGAGCAUGGGGCAUCUGACUUUGAGAAUUUCAAGAGUUGUACCCGACUGUAGCGUUUGUCCUUUUAACAGUCUAUGCAGGAAUGCCAUUACAGGCAGGACAAAAGGAGGAAGCUUAGAUCGUUUUUGUACGCCAAAUAGGAAUCUACAAACAUCUAUCACUCGUUACCACAUCGAAGAUCAUACUAAUGCGGAAGAUCCAGAUGAUGUAGUCAACGUUGUUUACGUAGACCGAUCUGGACAGAGGAUACCGGUCAAGGCCAAAGUCGGUGACAACGCUCUCUACCUUGCUCACAAGCACGGCAUUGAAUUGGAAGGAGCCUGUGAAGCGUCUUUAGCUUGCUCAACAUGUCAUGUGUAUGUAAAUGGAGACUAUUGCGAUAAGCUGCCUGACCCAGAUGAGAGGGAGGACGACAUGCUGGACAUGGCCCCCAUGCUGCAGGAGAACUCUCGCCUGGGCUGCCAGAUUAUCCUGACCAAGGAGCUGGACGGCAUGGAGCUCACGCUGCCCAAGGUCACCCGCAACUUCUAUGUGGACGGCCACGUUCCUAAGCCUCAUUGAUUUGAGGGUGAACUUUGUUCGGGCGUGAAAGUUGAAAGGUCGAGGCUGAGGCGGGAGGAAAUGAGGCCAGGUUGUUGGUGGUCUGGGAUGUGGAGCCAGCAGGUCACCCCGACGCACUGCCGGUUUCUAGCUGCUGAACCCAAAGGAAAAUCAAGUCCCCGGAACCUCUCCGUUUGGUUCAAGACUCUCUACUUACAAAUGUAUGUCAAGACAUGAUGUGUUGCAGUGAAAAGGUCAAAUUAUGAGUUUAUCACUUACUAUGUACACCUAACACAAGACCCUACAAACCCCAACUAUUGUGCAAAACAAAACUCACUGUUAACACAGACUACUGUUGUUCUUUGGCAGCAAGUCAGAAAAGAAACCGUCUCAGGCAUUUUGUGUUGUGAGUGAUACUAAGGAACAUUCCUUGCUAUGACUGGUGAAACGAUCCAAAAAGUCAGACGCACAAACGUUACAACAGUCCUCAACAUUUGUCUUUGUCAUCAUUUUAGACAGCAUAGCACACUACAGCCUCUGCUCUCUCAUUUGUGACCAUGCAAGUUGCCACUUUACCCACUUGGAAUAAUACUGUGCUGCAAGGCAGGGUUGUGUGUAUCCCAUUCCCACCCCUAAAACCAUCAUGCAGCUUGUUAGUCAGAUAGUCUACACUACAGAUUAGUGAAGUUGACAAGUGGAACUUUGAAUCUGGUCCAGUCUGUGUAGACUUCUGUGGUCAGUGUAUGACAGAAGACUCAUCUUGUGUAGUCAGUGCAUUUAACAGCUACUUGCGCCUUUUUAAUAGUAUCAUUAACUUAUAUAAUGUCAUAACUUCAUUAUAAUUCAGCUGGAACCACAUGUAGGCAGUAUUUCAGCUGUUGCUUGAUCCACAAUGUUUUGUUCUUUCCUGUUUUUCAGUUGUACUGUAACAGUCAUAAGUGUGCACAAUGUAACCAUUACUUGUGUACAAGUAAUGCAAUUACAAAAAAAAAAUAGGAUUUAAAUAAGAUUAUAUUAAACUUGUGCUGUAUUAUUGAGUAUUU